CCGUCUGCUGUCGCKGAUUCAUUUUUCCCAAUUAUUAAAUUAUCAUCACUAUAAAAUUAUGAUAGGUACUUUCGGUCUUAACUCUUAAGAGUAAAGUUAUGCACUAGUGUAGUGUAAAUACUAAAUAAGUAAUUUUAUUUUACUGUUUAAGUUCAAGAUUUAAACAUAAUAAUACGUCAAAAUCGUAGUCAUCUAUUUAAAAUCGUUYUUUCUAUGUAUUGUUGAUGUACGUAACUGCAAUUUAAUUACAAUUAUUAAUCUAGUACGCUAGUAUUUACCGCCGUUUAUGUAUCGUCUGUAUUCGUAUUAUAAUAUAUUAUAUACAACUGGAUAAAUUCUAACUUAAGAUCUAUUUUUUUUCGAUGAUAUCAAUAAUAUGCUCAAGAAUUAAUUUCUGCGACUUCUAUGCUUAUACAAUUAUUACUAUUAUGUGUAGCAAMAGCAGCUAAUAUUAAUUUUAAACGGUUGAUUUGUGACAUUUGGUUAAGACAAAUUUUUUCAAAUGUCUAGCGAUAUGUCUUCGAAGGCGGAGGAUGUUUUGUCAUUGGACAUCACUGCGGAUGCAGCUGGUAAAGCAUUUCGCAUGAGUGAUGGUGACUGGAUCUGUCCAAACGCUCAGUGCGCAAACAUAAACUUUGCUCGUCGCACUCAUUGUAAUCGAUGUAAUAAGGAACGUGAAGACUUACCGGUCAAGAAAAAAGCUGGUGCUGAAAUUGGAAAGGCAGCUGCUGAAAAGAGUAAAGGGCUGUUCUCAGCCGAUGAUUGGCAAUGUAGCAAGUGUGGUAAUGUGAAUUGGGCACGUCGAUCUCAAUGUAAUAUGUGCAAUGCUCCUAAAUUUGCUGAUCCAGAAGAACGUACUGGUUAUGGAGGUGGYUACAAUGACAGAGGAGUUGUAGAGUAUGUCAGACGUGAAGAGUCUGAUGAUGAGUAUGAUGAAUUUGGACGAAAGAAAAAAAAACAAAAACGAGGAUGUGGAUCUUUAAGUGAGGAUUCCAACAGUCAAAAUGGUAAAGAAGAAGAUAACAACGAUAGAGGAAGAAGUAAAACAUGGUCAAAAUCUAUUGUUGAAAAUGAUGAUGAUGAGGAGGAAGAGGAUGAUGAAGAUGAUGAUGAUGAUGAUGAUGAUGAAGAUGGAGAUCUUUCAAAAUAUGAUUUAUCUGAAUGGGAUGACUUAGCUGCCCAAGCCAAAAGAGAUAGAUCAAGAUCUAGAUCACCAUUAAAAUAAUUAUGCUUUAAUUAUUUUUUUAUGUUAUGGCUAUUUACAAUUUUGUUGACCAAUCUAC